AUGACUGGUCUGCAAAGAUCUUCGAUGUCUUUCAGAAGGCAAGGCUCUUCAGGGUUUGUGUGGGAUGACAGGUACUUGUCUGCAGAGCUGAAGCAACAACAAGUAGCACAGGACCAAGAAAACCCUGAUGAGAGUGAUAUCAUCAUGAUCAUUAAGGAUGUUAAGCCACAGAGGCCAAUCAAGACUAUACAAAGAAGCCGAUCUAACGGCGGAGGACGGGGCUGCCGCAGCUCUGGAAAGAUCUCGCCGGCUAUUGAACCACCGUCGCCAAAGGUUUCUGCAUGCGGGUUUUGUGGCGGUUUCGGUAAAUCGUCUAGGAACAAUGCUGUUUGGGGAGCAAACCUUGGCAAGCGUAGCAGACCACGGUACUGA